UCUUCAUCGCCACGCUGAUCUGGAGGUCGGUCACCAUGAACAACCCCGGCGCCGGCCCCAGCCUGCCGUUCGGGCUCGGCAGGUCCAGGGCCAAGUUUCAGAUGGAGCCCAACACGGGGAUCACGUUCGACGACGUCGCCGGCGUGGACGAGGCCAAGCAGGACUUCCAGGAGAUCGUCCAGUUCCUCAGGUCGCCGGAGAAGUUCGCGGCGGUGGGGGCGAGGAUCCCCAAGGGCGUGCUGCUGGUGGGCCCGCCGGGGACGGGGAAGACGCUGCUGGCUAAGGCCAUCGCGGGGGAGGCCGGCGUGCCCUUCUUCUCGCUGUCGGGGUCCGAGUUCAUCGAGAUGUUCGUCGGCGUGGGCGCGUCGCGGGUGCGGGACCUCUUCGACAGGGCCAAGGCCAGCGCGCCGUGCCUCGUCUUCAUCGACGAGAUCGACGCCGUCGGCCGCCGCCGCGGAACGGGCAUCGGCGGCGGGAACGACGAGAGGGAGCAGACGCUGAACCAGCUGCUUACGGAGAUGGACGGGUUCGGCGGCGAGAGCGGCGUCCUCGUGAUCGGCGCCACCAACCGGCCGGAGAUCCUCGACGACGCGCUGCUCCGCCCGGGCCGCUUCGACCGGAGGGUCGGCGUCGGGCUCCCCGACGUGCGCGGCCGGGAGGAGAUCCUCCGGUUUCACAGCUCCAACAAGAGGCUGGACCCCGACGUGUCGCUCGGCGUGGUGGCCAUGCGCACCCCCGGGUUCAGCGGCGCCGACCUCGCCAACCUCAUGAACGAGGCCGCCAUACUCGCCGGCCGCCGCGGCAAGGACCGCAUCACCGUCAAGGAGAUCGACGACUCCAUCGACCGCAUCGUCGCCGGCCUCGAGGGCACCACCAUGACCGACGGCAAGACCAAGAUGCUCGUCGCCUACCACGAGAUCGGCCACGCCGUCUGCGCGACGCUGACGGCGGGGCACGACGCGGUGCAGAAGGUGACGCUGAUCCCGCGAGGCCAGGCGCGCGGGCUGACAUGGUUCCUGCCGGGGGAGGACCCGACGCUGGUGUCCAGGCAGCAGAUCCUGGCGCGCAUCGUGGGCGGGCUCGGCGGGCGCGCCGCCGAGGAGGUGAUCUUCGGCGAGCCCGAGGUGACGACGGGGGCUGCGGGCGACCUGCAGCAGGUGACGCAGGUGGCGCGGCAGAUGGUGACCACGUUCGGGAUGUCGGAGAUCGGGCCGUGGGCGCUCAUCGAGCCGGCCGCGCAGAGCGGCGACGUCGUGCUCCGGAUGCUGGCCCGGAACUCCAUGUCCGAGAGGCUCGCCGCCGACAUCGACGCCGCCGUGAAGCGCAUCGUCGACCGGGCGUACGAGGUCGCCAAGGAGCACGUCAGGAGGAACCGCGCGGCCAUCGACCACCUGGUGGACGUGCUCUUGGAGAAGGAGACGCUCUCCGGCGACGAGUUCCGGGCCAUCUUGUCCGAGUACGUGGACAUCGGCAAGGAGCAGAGGGAGACGGCGGCCAGGACAGAGCUGGUCACCGCUUGAAGCUUACUACACUUCUCUUUCUGUAGUGUAGAAAACUAGAAUACAGCAGUAGCAUAGCGCAGUGUAAUUACGCAAUGUGAUGAUGUACUUAAAACAGUUGAUGCAAGGUAGUAAACUCUUUUUUCACGCAACAAGAACUGUUAAUUGUUAAA